AGGCUGGACUUGGUAGUCGCGAAAGAUUAUUCCUUCAAAGUGCUGAGCAUAUGGACAAGCUUCAGGGCGGCGACUGGAAUAGUUUCUUCCACCAGUUUGAAGCAGUUGCUUCAGUCACGCCAUGUUUACGUGCCUUCAAUCGUUGAGACAAUGUUCCGUUACGAUAUUCGCGGUCAUCAUUUUGACAUCGUUUAUCACGAUGCGAUGGACGAGCACGUCAAAUGUCAGCACGGUAGGCGGGAUGUUGCUUCGAGCGAGACAAUGUUUUGCCAGACCAAUGUACGGAACGCACCCGAAUUGUGUCCUUCCAUAUCUACAGAUGACGAUUCCGGGAGGCAUUCAGGGCUUGAGUCUCCUGAUAUCAGCAGAAACCCAAGCUUUCCUUUUUCUCCGAAGCUGAUGUCUCCCCCAAUCACCAAGGAGCCAAUCAAGCUGACAAUUAGCCUCGUA